AUGUUUCAAGUCACCCAAGAACCUAUUAAUGAUGUAACUAUUGAAGAAAAUCAGUUUCAUUUAUAUCAGCCAAAUAUUACUGGAAAUAUUAAUUACAAUGAUGAAAUACGUAUUUCUAUUCAGGAUUUAGAUGCUUACACUUUACCAUCAGAAAGUUAUAUAUACAUUGAAGGUAAAUUACUGACUGAUACUGGAAAAGUACCAACUAAAUUUAAAUUUAUAAAUAAUGGAGUAGCAUACUUGUUUCGUGAACUUAGAUAUGAAUUAAAUGGCGUUGUAAUAGACUCAGUUAGAAAUGUAGGCCUUGUGUCUACAAUUAAAAAUUAUCUAAGUUUUAAUAAAAAUGAGAGUGUUUCACUAGAAAAUGCAGGCUGGUUUCCAAAUUAUAAUCCAAAAGACGCAGUCCAAAAAAUAUUAGCAGAUGCGGAAGGUAACUUCAAUGUAUGUAUUCCAUUAAAACUACUAUCUGGCUUUUUUGAGGAUUUUAAAAAAAUUAUAAUGAAUAUGAAGCAAGAACUAGUGUUAAUUCGUACAAGUGAUGAUAUUGAUGCUAUAAUAGGAUCUGAUGAAACCGAAAAACCUAAAAUUGAAUUAACUAAAAUAUUAUGGAAUGUCCCACACAUUCAACCAAAUUUAAGCUAUCAACUUUACUUAACUAAUAUAGCUAACAACAAUUUAGAAUUACCGAUAAAAUUUCGUUCUUGGCAACUUAUAGAAUACCCCUCCUUAAAUAAUUCUACCAGACAUACAUGGGCAGUAAAAACAAGUUCAAAUGUUGAAACACCUAGACAUGUAAUAAUUGGUUUUCAAAAAGACAGAAAAGGAGAUAUUACUAAGGACAUGAGUCAAUUUGAUCAUUGUAAUUUAAAUAACAUACGAUUGUUUUUAAAUUCUGAAAGAUAUCCUUAUAACGAUUUACAUUUAAAUUUUGAAAGCAAUCGUUAUGCGGCAUUAUAUGAUAUGUUCACUAAUUUUCAGGAAACCUAUUAUAAUAAUAAGAGCCAGCCUAUAUUUAAUCCUGAGCAAUUUAAAACUAAAUCUCCAUUAAUACAUAUAGAUUGCUCCAGACAGAAAGAAGUUCUUCAAUCAGGGUCUGUUGUAUUAAGAAUUGAAUUUGAAACUGACACCCCCACUCCAACUGAUACCUCAGCUUACUGUCUUAUAUUACACGAAAAACAUUUUUCAUAUUUUCCAGCAUCUAAAAUUGUUAAGCAAAAAUAAUGCGCAUGAUCAAAUAAAAAUUUAUAAAACUAAUGCAUUUAUAGAUAUUAUUCAAUAAAGCGUCAAGAGUAUAGAAAAAACCAAAUAUUUUUAACAUUUAACAAACAUUAAAUAAGGUAUUUAAAAAAAUGAGAUUAGUACUCGAUAUUCAAGGUUAUAAAAUUGAAAAAGAAAAAUUUAUCGUGAAAGAAUUAGCAUCUUAUGAUGGAAAACGAUUAAGUCAUUAUGUUUUCAAACCUCCAUUUAAUAAAAAAUUGUUAUCUCAUAAUUUUUAUAAACGAAU